AUCCCUCACCUAACCCUAAAUUUCUAGCCCUAAAUGGAUUAUCUCGCUUCGUGCCGCUGUUUUCUAAGAUAGCAGGGGGGGAAAAUGACGCCCGAACCGAUGCUAUGAUAACCGACCCCAUGUCUGCUUCUGCAAGCAACACCCCCUCCAUUGCCGUCGCCGUCACCCAACUAAAUGGGGGAGAAAAAAAAAAUUAAAAAAAAGAUUCGGCCUUUAUGACCCUUAAUUAACCCGCAAAAGUUUAAGGUAUUAACUAUGCAUCGUGUCUCUUUUAGGGCCGAUUUGAGAUAAUAAGGUUGUGAAAUGGGGGCGAUCGGCGGAGAUGAGUUGAAUCGGCGUGGAGGAGGAUGGAGCGGGGGCGGCGGCGCGCAACCUGGAAGGGAGGCUCCGCGGAGAAGGAUACUGGUGUCUGGGCUGAGGCCUCUAUGCCAAGAGAUCUCCGCCAGCGAUCCGGCCGACUGGGAGUGCAAUAACGACACCACCAUCAAUUUGUUAGCCACAGCCUGCGAGAGAUCCAAUGGCACCGCCUACACUUUUGACAAAGUAUUUCGGGGUGAGAACACCACAAAAGAAGUGUAUGAGGAGGGAGCCAAGGAGGUUGCACUUUCAGUUGUCAGUGGCAUCAACUCAACUAUUUUUGCAUAUGGACAAACAAGCAGCGGAAAAACGUACACGAUGACUGGAAUAACCGAGUAUACAGUAGGAGAUAUAUAUGAUUACAUCAAGAGGCAUGAGGAGAGGGAGUUUACUUUGAAGUUUUCAGCAAUUGAGAUUUAUAAUGAAGCCGUGAGGGAUCUCCUUAGCAUGGACAACUCUCCUCUUAGGGUUCUUGAUGACCCAGAGAGAGGAACAAUCGUUGAGAAACUUACAGAGGUAUUGUUGAGGGACUGUAACCAUCUAAAGGAACUCCUCGCUGUGUGUGCAGCUCAAAGGCAGAUAGGAGAAACCUUGCUAAAUGAGAUGAGCUCAAGAUCUCAUCAGAUACUCAGAUUGACUAUUGAAAGUUCUGCUCGUGAGUUUUUGGGAAAGGGCAGCUCAAGCACACUUGCAGCAAGUGUGAAUUUUGUAGAUCUGGCGGGAAGUGAACGUGCAUCUCAGGCACUAUCGGUUGGAAAUAGACUCAAAGAAGGCUGCCAUAUAAAUAGGAGUUUACUUUCACUCGGAACUGUAAUUCGCAAGCUAAGUAAAGGAAGGAAUGGGCACAUCCCUUACCGAGAUUCAAAGUUGACACGCAUACUACAACCUUCUUUAGGAGGCAAUGCUAGAACUGCCAUUAUAUGCACUAUGAGCCCUGCAAGAAGUCAUAUUGAGCAAUCGAGGAAUACUCUUUUAUUUGCAAGUUGUGCAAAAGAAGUGGAAACCAGUGCUCGUGUCAAUGUAGUCAUGUCUGAUAAAGCUCUGGUUAAGCAUUUGCAGAAGGAACUCGCAAGACUGGAGGGUGAACUGAAAUAUCCUCGAUCGAGCUCUACUACAUCUCAGUUGGAAGCAUUGCUUAGGGAGAAAGACGCUCGGAUUAAACAGAUGGAAAAGGAGAUAAAGGAGCUGAGGCAGCAACGAGAUUUAGCAGAAAGUCGGGUAGAGGAUUUACUUCGAGUUGUGGGGAGUGGUCGCCCUUCAACUCAGCAGGAGGAAUCCAGCCAAAUCUCAACGUCUGACUUAUAUGAACGGUCUGAAGUUGUAAAUCCGACUUCUGGGUCAUCCAUUCCUUAUCCAAAGAUUGCAUCAUAUGGAAGACAUGCUAAAAUCCAAAACCAAAACCAAGAACUGAGUAUUGGCUCACUGUGGGACUCAUUUAGCAGCCGUAUGCUUAUUGAAUCAAUCCCACAUCGUGCAGAAGAUGAGACUGCUCAAGAAAGUAAUGAGGACUCUGAGGAUGUAUGCAAAGAAGUUCGGUGUAUUGAGGUAGAUGGGCCAGGGAGAUGUGGAGAUUCAGAAUCCUUAUUGGCUGAAGAAAAUGCUAAUGCUCGCUCCAUGAUUUUAGAUUCUGGUGAUAAUGAACGAAAUCCUAGUGAGCAAACAGAGCUGAUACUUCCCAAUUUAAAUUCUGCAUAUAUCACUUUGGAGGAGCACCUUCAGAACGUGAGGGACAGACUUAAUAAUUUUGUCAAAUCACAUCCAAAUGAAGCAAUUCCAUGGACUUCAAUUUGUGAUUUAUCUAGCUCUCGGAACUUGAGAGUCUAUUCUCCAGUAUAUGGAGAUGACAAUUACACGUUGAUUCUAAUUCGUGACAGAAAGUGA